UAGCAACAUCCUUGUUUGAACUGACGCUUGUCGAGGCUCAGUCAACCGUCGUUUACUCUGAAAACAGUAAAGAGCGGUGUCUGAAAUAUCAAUGAAAACGUUCAUUGUUGUGAACGUAACUCCGUCGGUAUGUUAUAUUUAAUGUAAAAUCGACUUUAUUUAGUGAAUGGGAGAUGUUGGCAGUUGAAUGCACGGCUACAGCUGUUAAAUCGCUGGGGGGUAUUUGAGCUACUCGUCGGCGUAAAACGUCGAAUUUGUCCCUUGAAGUUGGAGUAAUGGCUUCGGCGCUCAGCUGCUUCUCCGGUCCGGAGGUGCUGGAGGACGUGAACCACGCUCGGAGCUUGAUGAGUGAGUUGAAAUUACUGUACGACUGCCAGCUGCUCGGGGACAUUACUAUCGGCGUUGAGUGUGAGGAGGAUCCCCUGGAGCACAACCUGGCAGGAGGAGACCUUGGUCAGCUCUUCCUGUGCAGCCGCAACGUCCUCGCUGCUGCCAGCCCCUACUUCAAAAGCAUGUUCACGGGAGGGCUGAACGAGAGCAUGCAGGAGAGGGUGCUAAUCCGCGGGGUGGACUCUGAGUCCAUGUCCGUCAUAAUCGACUAUUGCUACACAGGCAGGGUGACCAUCACUGAAAGAAACGUGCAGAGGCUCUACGCUGCAGCCAACAUGCUCCAGCUGGAAUACAUCCGGAAAGCUUGCUCCAGCUUCAUGACAAGGAGGCUCGAUCUCUCCAACUGUGUGGGGGUGCUGAAAUUUGCAGAUACCUAUGACAAUCCUGAACUGAAGGAGAAUGCACAGGCAUUCAUAGCCAGAAACUUUAACCAGGUGUGUAAUGCAGGGGAGCUGUGUGAGCUGACUUUGAUGCAGUUCAAGGAGCUGUUGUCUCUGGACACUUUGGAUGUGGACUGUGAGAAGAAGGUCUGCUCUGCUGCUUUACAGUGGAUUGAGGCAAAUGCACCGCUUGAGAAAGAGGAUGCUCUUCAAGCUCUGAAAUGUGUGCGCUGGGACUUGUUCAGCGAGAAGGACAAGUGUUACCUAGAGGGUCUCAUGGCAAGGCCUUUGAUUGAGAAAUUUGUUGAGUCGUUCUUUAACAGGUCUUCCGAGGAUGGCUGUGGGAUGUCUGCAGCUCUGGAUGUGCCAAAACACAGAAUAGGUGUGAGUGCCAAAGAGAUGAUUUUAUUUUUUGGUUUACCUAAUGACAACAUAAUGUGUUGCGACCCAUACUCAGAGGACUUGUACUUCAUGGCUCCUCCUUUAGAAGAUCUGAGCAGUCAGGAUUACAAACGGUCCACAAUGGAGUCAUUAAUCGCCUGUGCCACGCCAGAAAACAACUUGUACCUAGCCUCUCACCUUUCCAAACAGUUCUGGAUCUAUAACGCUGUCCUCAAUAGCUGGCAGGAGCUGGCAGAGCGACCGCUUGGCAGAAUACACUCUGGGAUGGGUUACCUUAAUGGCCAUGUAUACCUUCUGGGAGGCCGGAAUCCAGUAACUGAUGCCAGACUGAAGGAGGUUGAGUGUUACAGCAUCCAGAGGAACCAGUGGACAUUUGUGGCUCCUCUGCCUCACUCUUUAGGUAAAAUGCAAGUGGUUUCACUCAACGAUCACCUAUACGUGGUUAACAAAAGGAGAAUGCUUUGCUAUGAUCCAAAGAGGAAUCGCUGGCGCCACUGCGGGUCGCUCCGACGAGACAAGCUUCACAAAGCCUGUGUCUUCCAGGACCAGAUCAUCUGUGUGUGUGAUAUCCCUGUGGUCAAAGCCUACAGCCCCACCAGGGGCGAGUGGAAGAGGCUGGGAGACAUUCCCAUCGAUAGCCGUGCUCUGAAUUACCAGGUGAUCCAACACAACAACAAGCUCCUCCUCCUCACCCAGACUCUGCUGCAGCACAACAAAAACCGGGUCCUCAUCCACGAGUACGAUCCUGCUCGGGACUCGUGGAAGAACAUCAUGGCAGUCUACGUGUCCACCCUAGGACCCGUGUGUGUUUCAACACGCGUGUACCCAGCGUGCCUCGGCUCUGCCCACAGCUUUUCCACUGAGGAGGAUGACGACAGCGGCUCCAGUGCCGACUGGGACCUGGACGGGCUGACAGACGCAGACUCUGAUUCUGGCAGCUCCAGCUCGUUCUCGGAUGAGAACUGGUGAAGCGUGCUUCUGUGUCAAAUAAAACCCUCAUUUAUUAUUUCUUUAUUGCAUUUUUUGUUACCGUUUUUUUUUUUUUUUUUCUGUAAUGACACCACGAGCUGGGCAGAAUUUUACUUUUACUCCAGUCAGUGACAGCAUUAAAACCACAUAGAUAAAAUGACUAACACUUGACUUAGUGUAGUAUUUAUGUGGAUAUCACCCUGAGAUGUACUUAUGUGUUUAAAACUCUUUCCCAUACUGCAGCAGUUCCCCGUUGUAGUCUAUGUAGGCUGGACAACCAAGACUGGGUUACGUGUUUCAUAAUGAGAGAAAACUUCAAUAAUAAAACUAAUAAAUGCUGCUUUGUUUGGCUGUAACUGAGAAAUCUUUUAUGUCAACAUUCUUCUAUCUGUUUUCCUCCUUCACUGAUGAGACAAAUAAGUAUUUUUUUUUUUACUUUUAAGACACCAUAAAUGGUGCUUUAAUAAAAUUGAUCAUAAAUAACUUUGCCCCAUUUAGGAUAAAUCUGUCUCACGGUGAAGAUAGGAGUAAAAAAGUGACAUUUUAUCAGUUUUCAUAAAUUAUCAAUCCUUUUGUAUUUGAAUAUUUAAAAGCAAGUUGGAACGUGACACAACAAGAUGCAUAAGAUGGAUAUGAUUAAGAAAUAAAAACACGACUCAAACACAUGAAUGUGUUUUGAUGCCACUGCCAGAAUAUUUUUCUCAUUUGUGCUUGAAAACCCAUAGAGGUAUUCUGUUUUUAGUUUAUAAAGCAAACUGUUAGAAACGAGUUCAGACACUUAACUGAUAUCAAUGAUUGGAAGGGUCUUUUAAUGCUUUCAUAAUCCCAUUCUGAGUUAGAAGAGAGAACAGGUCCAAAUCUGCUUCAAACUGGUGUCAAAUCAUGACUGAUGUGCCUCACGUUUAGUCUCCAAACACAAGAGUCAGAAACAGGACUUAUAUGUUUUUUAUAAUGACCAAAUGCUGCACACAGUUGAGUUUAUGAAAAUUAAUAUAGUUUCUUGAAGUCUGUUUACUGUGUCCUCUCUCAGGGUUAGGCUUCAGCAAAAGCAUUUCUGUCAUGUUAGAAGAUCAUUUUGGGAGUUUUAUCAAACUACUGAUGAUAAAUAUGUUUUGUUAAACUUUAUUUGAACCAGUUGGGUGUUUUUUCUUUUUUGUAUUACUAUUUUCUUAUGGUUUAUAUAUAUAUAUAUAUAUAUAUAUAUAAACCAUUCUCAGUUGGUUUGUUUUCAGCACUAUCUGGGGAUUUUGUGGACAUUUAAUAUUUUAAGUUAUCGGUUUCUAAUUUUGAGUUAAAACACAAAUUAAAAACUGCUUAUUGUAAUUAGAACAUUUUACUUUUUUGUCGUACAAUUGUUGUGAUUCAAAAACCUUUCUAAAUGACCACGUGGUCGAAAUUAGCAUCUCAGUCAGAGCAGUCUGAGAUGCUCUGUCUGAGAUGUUUUUGUGUGUAUUCUGAUUAAUGAGUUUAAGCCUGACUGGUUGUUUUGUACACAUGAGAAGGAAAUUAAGAUGUUCCCGUCAGAAUAAAAAUCCAUGUACAUAACA